AAUUAAUGGAAAAAGUAUAGACAAAAAACGACACAUAUAUUUUAUUGGUUGUGCUUAUCUGUGCAUAUGCCUGUAUGUCUGACUGUCUGUCUAUCUGUCUGUCUAUAUGUAUUGUCGAACGAACGCCUUCUAUGCACCAGAGUGCAUGGAAAUUUAAUGAAUAAUUCACGGAAUGAAGAUAAAGAUACGUACAUAUACAUAUGUACAUAGUUUAAAAACGUAUAGCUAUCUGCAUUGCGGACAAUCACGUCAGAAGCCAGCAAACGCUAAAAUGAUAGCCACCUUUUCAAACAACGCUAUAUAAAUAAAUACAUCCAGCAUCAGUGCAUUGACAUCAUUGGUCGCCCCGAGCACUAACUCUCAUACAGCAUUAAACAUAAACAAACAAAAAAUGUGCAAGCAGCUCAGCACCAUCAACACUGUCCAGCUAGCGCCUAUACUCAUAGCAUUGAGUCUCACAGCGCUACCGGGAACAGCAGGUCAGUACCAAUCGCCUCGCAUCAUCGAGCAUCCCACAGACUUGGUUGUUAAGAAAAAUGAACCUGCGACGCUUAACUGCAAAGUUGAGGGCAAACCAGAACCCAGCAUUGAAUGGUACAAGGAUGGGGAGCUGGUCAAUACGAGUGAAAAGAAAUCACAUCGCGUGCUCUUUAGGGAUGGCGCAUUGUUCUUUUAUCGCACCAUGCAGAGCAAGAAGGAGCAGGAUAGUGGCGAAUACUGGUGCGUGGCCAAAAACCAUGUGGGCAAAGCCGUUAGUCGACAUGCCAUACUCCAAAUAGCUGUGUUGCGUGAAGAUUUUCGCGUGGAGCCGAAAGAUACGCGGGUAGCCAAAGGCGAGACGGCUUUGAUUGAAUGUGGGCCUCCCAAAGGCAUACCAGAGCCUACACUGAUCUGGGUAAAGGAUGGUGUGCCGCUCGACGACUUAAAAGCCAAGUCUUUCGGCACCAACUCUCGCACCCGCAUAGUUGAUGGCGGCAACUUGCUGAUCAGCAAUGUAGAGCCCAUUGACGAGGGCAACUACAAGUGCAUUGCCCAGAACCUAGUGGGAACACGCGAGUCCAGCUACGCCAAGCUUAUUGUGCAGGUCAAACCGUACUUUAUGAAGGAGCCAAAGGACCAAAUCAUGUUGUAUGGACAAACAGCUACCUUUCACUGUUCCGUCGGUGGUGAUCCGCCACCGAAAAUACUCUGGAAAAAGGAGGAAGGCAACAUACCAGUCUCUCGCGCCCGCAUUCUACACGACGAGAAAAGCCUGGAACUGACAAACAUAACACCCAACGACGAGGGCACAUACGUGUGCGAGGCGCACAAUAAUGUCGGCCAGAUAAGCGCCAGAGCCACACUCACUGUCUAUGCACCACCAAACUUCACCAGGAAGCCACAGAACAAGAAAGUAGGCCUUAAUGGCGCCGCUCAAUUCCCUUGCGUAGCCACUGGAAAUCCUACACCAUCUGUGUUUUGGGCGAAAGAGGGUGUGUCCACGCUCAUGUUUCCGAACACCUCGCAUGGACGCUUGCAGGUGACACCCGAAGGCACCCUGCAGAUAAAUGAAGUUCAAAAGGACGAUGAAGGCUUCUAUGUGUGCUCCACCUUCAGCAUUGUGGAUUCGUCUACCAUACGCGUCUAUUUACAAGUCAGUGCAGUGGACGACAGACCACCACCGAUUAUACAAAUUGGACCCGCAAAUCAAACACUGUCCAAGGGGUCAGUCGCCACCUUACCCUGUCGUGCCACUGGCACUCCUACGCCACGAGUCAAGUGGUUCCAUGGUGGCUAUGCCGUACAAACUGGCAAUCGCCAUUCUAUAGUGCAGGGCAGCUCCCUACGCAUUGAUGAUCUUCAACUAAGUGACGUCGGCAUAUACACCUGCACUGCAUCUUCCGAACGAGGCGAAACAUCCUGGUCAGCAAGUUUGGCGGUGGAGAAAAGCAGCGCCACAACAGUGCACCGUGUGGCUGAUCCAAGCACAUAUCCGGCGCCACCUGGCACACCAAAGGUGCUCAACGUGAGUCAAAAUAGCAUAUCCUUGCGUUGGGUGAAAAGUCAGGAGAAGCCAGGAGCUGUGGGCCCCAUCAUAGGCUACACUGUGGAAUACUUUAGCCCCGAUGCACAAACUGGUUGGAUUGUGGCCGCCCAUCGAGUGCCCGACACUCAAGUUACAAUAUCUUCCCUCACGCCCGCCACUUCGUAUAUAUUUUUGGUACGAGCCGAAAACUCGCAGGGUAUUUCUGUACCCUCGGGUCUAUCGAAUGCCAUAAAAACGCUUGGAGAAGAUUUCAAUGCUGCGCCAGACAAUGAGCUUUCGUCAGCUCGUUCCCUUUUGUCCAGCAAGAUUGUGGAGCUCAUUGAUGCUACUCCCAUAAAUGCCAGUGCUGUGCGCUUGGAUUGGAUGUUGCAUGUGAGCGCUACUGAAAAAUAUAUUGAGGGCCUGCAUAUACGCUAUCGGGAUAUAAGCUCCAACACCGUCCAAUAUUCUAUGGUUACUGUGCACGAAGCAUCUGCCGAGUCGUUUGUUGUCGCCAAUCUGAAGAAAUACACGAAAUACGAAUUCUUUAUAGCACCCUUCUAUGAAACGAUUGAAGGACAGCCAAGCAAUUCGAAGAUCGCUAUAACCUAUGAGGAUGUUCCUUCUGCCCCGCCGGAUAAUAUACAGAUAGGCAUGUAUAAUUUGACAGCCGGUUGGGUGCGUUGGACACAGCCUCCACCUCAGCACCACAACGGCAACUUGUAUGGAUACAAAAUUGAGGUCAGCGCUGGCAGCACAAUGAAGGUUCUGGCAAAUAUGACACUUAACGCCACCACCACAUCGGUGCUACUGAAUAAUCUGACAACCGGUGCUAUUUAUAGUGUUCGUUUGAACUCCUUCACAAAGGCCGGUGACGGUCCCUACUCGAAACCCAUCUCUCUGUUCAUGGAUCCGUCGCAUCAUGUGCACCCUCCACGUGCCCACCCAAGCGGCACACACGAUGGACGCCAUGAGGGCAAUGAUUUUACAUAUCAGACCAAUGGUAUGGUUAAUCACGAUCCUACCAAUCCCCCAACGCAGCGCAAAACCACGAAUUUCCUGCAUGGCACUUGGCUAAUGGGGCUGGUCAUCAUAGUACUGCUGGUUGUUGUUGUCUCAACGGCCACAGCCAUGGUCUACUUUAAGCGGCGACAUCAGAUGACAAAGCAACUGGGCCACCUUAGUGUUGUUAGUGCGAAUGAAAUUACUGCACUGAACAUCAACAGCAAGGAGAGCCUUUGGAUAGAUCGUGGCUGGCGCACUGCAGACACUGACAAAGACUCCGGCUUGAGUGAAUCCAAGCUUCUGUCGCACGUGAAUAGUCAGUCCAAUUAUACCUCGGAUAAUGGCACAGACUAUGCCGAGGUUGAUACGCGCAACCUGACUACGUUUUACAACUGCAGAAAGAGUCCCGACAAUCCCACACCAUAUGCCACAACCAUGAUUAUUGGCACAUCUUCAUCCGAAACGUGCACAAAAGCCACAUCUCUGAGUGCCGACAAGGACUCGGGCACACAUUCCCCGUACUCUGAUGCAUAUACUGCUCAGGGCGCCAUAGCAGGAGCUGUUGGCACCAAAUCAAAUUAUCUGCAAUAUCCGGCUGAAACAUUCAAUUGGUCAGAAAUCUUGCCCCCACCACCGGAACAUCCGCCACCAUUGUCAUCGACCUACGGCUAUGCACAAGGCUCGCCGCAAUCUUCACGCAAAAGCUCAAAGAGCGGAGGAUCGGGUAUUUCCACGAAUCAAAGUAUUUUAAACGCCUCCGUUCACAGCAGUUCCUCUGGCGGCUUCUCUGCUUGGGGAGUAUCGCCCCAAUGCGGUGUCGGUUGUCCUCCGGAGAACUUGUACAGCAACCCGUUGUCGGGUGUGGGUGGCUCACAGAAUCGUUACCAAAUCACGCCCACCAGCCAACAUCCGCCACCGCUGCCACCCUACUAUGGCAACACAGUGGCCAGCGGCAACGAAAUGGCCGUUCGCAACAUACAUAUCCAUUUUCCCACACAACGCCAUGCGGUCAGCGAGUAUCAGUCCGGUGGUAUGAACUCUGGGCGUUGUUCGGCCAAUAGAGCCUGCAACAGUUGUGAUGCACUUGCCUCGCCCAUGCAACCGCCCUCGGAGGCUUGGUACCAGCCAGUGCACGGUGAAAUCCCAAAUGCAGCUUCCAAUCAUCAAAUCUAUCAAUGCUCCUCCGAAUGCUCGGACAAUUCCCGCGCUUCCCACGCCCACAGCAAAGCACCAGGACACGCACGUAGCUCUGAGCACAAUUGCAAGCGCACGGGCCAACGACGAGUGGCCGCAGCCAACCACAUGAUGAACGUCGUGCCUUGUGCCGAGAACGAUAAUAUACCAGAGGACUACGCAGUACACCCCAGUGAUGAGAGAGCGAACUAUACCAGUGACUGUUGCAAUAGCUCCCGUGAAGGCGAUACCUGCUCCUGCAGCGACGGAUCUUGCCUCUACGCAGAGGCAGGCGAUCCGUUGGCGCCGGGCCUCACUGCAAUGACUAACAAAAAUAACAAUUAGGCAGGCAUCAUAAUCGGAAUAGAAGCAAGGUAGAGUAGCUACUAGUCCAACCUUUCAUUCAUAUCGAACUUAGCGAGGGGGCGAGAUGCAAAUCGCUGCUUAGACAAAUGCAAAGUUUCUGCGCAAUAUACAAGUAUAUUUAACAAAUAAAUAGCACAUACUAUUUACAAUAUCGAAUACGUACUCAUAGCAGCAGCAGCAGAACUGAUAUUAUAACAACGACACAAAUUAUGGCUACAAUCAAUUUGCAAAUCUGAAUUAUCGGAGCAUUGUUUCUCUAGUAUCUACGAGUUUUAUAUACUAUAGAAUGGAAUCGAAUCAAAUCGAAUUGAGUAGUUAAGGUAGAGACUACAAAUCACAUAACAUCACAUCUCAAAAGCAACCCUUUAUGUACUUAAGUAAGUGCUGUAUAAAACGCUACGACUAAUUACUUGACUUACCUCAAGACUAGGGCAGUUUCCGACAUUUAUAUAUAUAUACAUACUCAAUAGAAUUUACUUCGCAGGCCAUACAUAACACAUACAUAUGUACAGAUUAAUUCAAAAGAUCCGGACUGCCCUAUCUUGUAAAACGAUUGCAGAUUGUUGUAAAAAUCUACUUUUCGCCUAAGCUUGUUUUUUUCAAUGAAAGAAAAGUGUAACCUGUACUCAAGCGUACAACUUGGAAAAUGGAAAAUGCGGUUGUAUCUACUAAUUGCCCUCAGCUAGUCAUAGACGCUUGGUUAAAUGUUUUUGUUUCCUGUUCUUUAUUUUCAUAUUGGUGGUCAGAAUUGAAUUUAACUUAAUUCGUAUACUCUAGAAGAAGAAAUGACCGGCAGUUGCAAUGUUUAAUGGUUAGUGCUUUUCUAUAAAAACAAAAACACAACAAAAAAAAUCCUAGUAAAACACACAUUUGAAUUUAAAAAAAAAAAAAAAACGUGAAUCACGCAUUUAAAUCAGCAGAUAUUCCUAGUAAUACAAUAAGGUCGUGCCCUACACCAAAUACGUAUUUAGGCCAAGAAACGAAAUUACCAGUGAAGAAUUUCCAGCCACAUCCUCACCAGUCCUGUAGGGUUCCAUUACAUACAUACAAACAAACUUACAUACAUUUUUACAAGCUUGCAUUUGAAAAAGUCUAAAAUGUACCUGUGAUAUAACCCCAUUAAAGUAUUUUAAAAAUUUUGUUUUAUAACAUUUUACCUAACAAGAAAAAAUGUUUGUAGGGAAACCGCAUAUUAAAAUAUUGGGUUAGCACACACACACACACACACCUCCACACAUAGAAUAAUUUAGACUAGGCACAUACGACAUUAGAAAUGCGAAUUAUCAGAUACGCAGUACUUGUAUGCUCCGGGUGUGUGCAGAGGGAGCUAAUCAUAUAGUAUACAUACUAUAUAUAGGUAUAUACGUAGCCUUGCCUAUAUAGGGCUAUGUAUAUUCCUAUGUAUUGUGAAACAAACUGAACAUUUGGAAUGCAUUUCGUAUGCCAGCUAUCGGAAUGUUCGAUGCCCAAAGGCGUUGGGGUAUAACACAUAAAAAUAUUCGGACUUAAUUCAACGAAAAUUUCAAUAACAUAUACAUACAUACAUUAAAAAUGAAACCCCCUAUAUAAGUAUAUAAAAAUUAUAGCAUAUAGCACAUAGAACAACGCAUGUAUUAAAUUGAAGAAUUAUAAAAGAAAAAUCAAAAAUGCUUUAGCAUAUACACCAGCCACUUCCUUGCGUGUCCUGCCUGAUCGGUCAUGCAUGUACAUAUACAUAUAUACCCUUUAGUAACCUACUGAGGUUGAACUCCCCUCCCCCCGCAAUGAAGCAACAGUGGGGUUUGAGUUUUAAUUAAUUAUUAGACCAUAAUUAUGUAUGUAUUUUAAAGUCAUAGCGUAAACGAAUUUUAAGAGAAAAAUGCAACUAAACGAACAUUCAUUUUUAGUAUGCCAUAUGUAAACGAAACUUUUUCAAAACUGACAUACAAGUACAUCUACUUAACUAUAUAAUAACAUACACAUAUACUAUACAUAAUUAGUAUUUAAAUUGCAUAAAUAAUAAAGGAACAUUUUACA